AUGGAAGAAGAAGACACCAAAAUUCCGAAGAAUACAGAAGAAGAUGUGCAUGGUGGGAGUGAUCUCGAAGGAAUCAGUGAGUCAGCCAAAAAGAAGAAGACGAUGAUAUUCGGGAUAAGGAGUGGAGACAAAGAGGCGGUGGAGAAGAAGAAGAAGAAGAAGUAUUGGAUGGGUUGUCUGAGAGCUGAAUCGGACGAGAGUGGAAACGUCGAUUUGACUGUAGACUUCCCCGGCGAACGCGCUGAGCCGACUCACCUCGUCGUCAUGGUCAACGGUCUCAUCGGCAGUGCUCAGAAUUGGAGAUUCGCCGCUAAGCAGAUGCUAAAGAAGUAUCCUCAGGACCUCCUCGUUCACUGCAGUAAACGCAACCAUUCAACACAGACAUUUGAUGGUGUUGAUGUUAUGGGAGAAAGAUUAGCUGAAGAAGUUAGGUCGGUGAUCAAACGUCACCAAAGUCUCCAGAAGAUUUCCUUUGUAGGACAUUCUCUAGGUGGCCUGGUUGCUAGAUAUGCUAUUGGGCGUCUUUACGAGCAAGAGCUUCCACAAAACAGUGACGACACUAGAGAUAAAAUCUCCAUAGAGGAACAUAAAGAGAGAAUUGCUGGAUUGGAGCCUGUGUAUUUCAUAACUUCCGCAACGCCACACCUUGGUUCUAGAGGACAUAAGCAGGUCCCAUUGUUCUCUGGAUCUCGCACGUUGGAGAAGUUAGCUACGCGUAUGUCUUGGUGUCUUGGUAAGACAGGGAAACAUCUUUUCUUAGCUGAUGGUGAUGAUGGAAAGCCUCCGUUACUCAUCCGUAUGGUUAGUGAUCGUAGAAACCUUAAGUUCAUCUCUGCUUUGCGAUGCUUCAAGAAGCGUAUUGUGUAUGCAAAUACAAGUUUUGACCACCUUGUUGGUUGGAGCACUUCGUCUAUCAGACGUCACAACGAGCUUCCUAAGCUUCAAGGAGGUCCAGUCAACGAGAAGUAUCCUCACAUUGUGAACGUUGAAGCACCAUGUACUUCAAGUUACCAUGAGGAAGAUCAAUCAGGGACCAAUUCAAACGGGUUCAAGAAUGUUGAUAUGGAAGAGGAAAUGAUAAGAGAACUAACAAAACUGAGCUGGGAACGAGUUGAUGUUAGUUUCAGAGGAACCUUUCAAAGAUUUCUCGCUCACAAUACCAUUCAGGUCAAAACAAAAAUGAUCAAUUCAGCUGGAGCAGAUGUUAUACAACACAUGAUUGACAAUUUUGAGCCAUAG